AUGUUCGGGAAACCAGACAAAAUGGACGUCCGGUGCCACUCGGACUCCGAGGCCGCCAGGGUCUCGAAGAACGCGCACAAGGAGAGCCGGGAGAUCAAGGGCGCCGAGGGGAGCCUUCCGGCCGCCUUCCUCAAGGAGCCGCAGGGCGCCUUUUCGGCGUCUGGCGCUUCGGAAGAUUGUAACAAAAGUAAAUCCAAUUCCUCAGCAGACCCAGAUUACUGCCGCCGGAUCCUAGUCCGAGAUGCCAAGGGGUCUAUCCGAGAAAUCAUCCUGCCCAAGGGCUUGGACCUGGACCGACCCAAGAGGACACGCACGUCCUUCACGGCGGAGCAGCUCUACAGGCUGGAGAUGGAGUUCCAGCGUUGCCAAUACGUGGUGGGCCGGGAGAGAACCGAGCUGGCUCGGCAGCUCAAUCUUUCUGAGACUCAGGUGAAGGUCUGGUUCCAGAAUCGGAGGACCAAGCAGAAGAAGGACCAGGGCAAGGACUCGGAGCUGCGCUCGGUGGUGUCGGAGACCGCCGCCACGUGCAGCGUGCUGCGGCUGUUGGAGCAAGGCCGCUUGCUGUCGCCUCCCGGGCUGCCCGCCCUACUGCCGCCCUGUGCCACCGGCGCACUGGGCUCCGCGUUGCGCGGGCCCAGCCUCCCGGCUCUCGGUGCGGGCGCUGCCGCGGGCUCCGCAGCCGCCGCCGCCGCCGCCGCCGCCACUGCCCCGGGUCCCGCGGGCGCGGCGUCCCAGCACCCGCCGGCCGUGGGUGGCGCUCCCGGCCCGGGGCCUGCAGGGCAGGGGGGACUGCACGCGGGAGCACCGACUGCUAGCCACGGUCUCUUCAGCCUGCCGGUGCCGUCGCUGCUAGGCUCUGUCGCCAGCCGCCUGUCCUCUGCCCCGUUGACGAUGGCUGGUUCGCUAGCCGGGAAUUUGCAAGAACUCUCAGCCCGUUACCUGAGCUCCUCGGCCUUCGAGCCUUACUCCCGGACCAACAAUAAAGAAGGGGCCGAGAAAAAAGCGCUAGACUGA